CCCAGCCCAGCCAGCCCGGGCAGCCCAGCCAGCCGGGCGCGCUGAGCCGGAGGCGCCAUGAAGAAGACCAACGCGGCCAAGCGGGGCCCGCCCGAGGGAGGCCCGCCGGCCGCGCCGCCGGAGAAGGUGGGCUGGGUGCGCAAGUUCUGCGGCAGGGGCAUCUUCCGCGAGCUCUGGAAGCAGCGCUACGCCGUCCUGCGCGGGGAGCAGCUCUGCCUGGCCGAGAAGGAGGUCAAAGACGAAAAAACCAUCCAGGAAGUGUUUGACUUGAACGACUAUGAGAAAUGUGAAGAGCUCAGGAAAUCCAAAAGCCGGAGCAAAAAGAACCACAGCAAGUUCUUGCUCACGCACUCCAAGGAGCCCGGGAACACAGCACCGAAUCUUGUCUUCCUGGCUGUGAGUCCUGAAGAGAAGGAGUCUUGGAUCAACGCCCUCAACACUGCUAUAACGCGGGCCAAGAACCGCAUCUUGGAUGAGGUUACGGUGGAGGAGGAGAGCUAUCUGGCCCAUCCAACUCGCGACAGAGCAAAGAUCCAGCACUCCAGGAGACCUCCAACCAGGGGGCACUUGAUGGCUGUGGCAUCUACCUCAACGUCUGAUGGCAUGCUGACCCUUGACCUGAUCCAGGAAGAGGAUGCGUCCCCAGAAGGCCAGGGCACGUGUGAGGGGAGCUUCCGGGUGGAUCUGGAUAAGUCCGUAGCCCAUCUCACCACUGGACGAAGGUGUUCGGAUUCUGAGAGCAUCAAGCCGCCGGAGAGGAGCCGGACGAACAGCCUCCCAAGGCGGGAGGUUGGCUCUUGGGACAAAUCUUCGCAACGUAACGAUUCAUUUGACAAAGGGACCAUGUAUACGCCUCAGGUUCCGAAAAAGCUCUCCCAGGUGGAAAAGAACAAAUGUGCCUCCAUGGAGGAGAUCCUCUCUUGCCGGGACCCCUGUUCGGUGCACCGGGCAGUGUUGCGGAAGGGCCUAGAGGAUCACUUUGCCGCAGCUGAGCCGGAGCAGCUGAGCCGGAUACAGGAACUUGUAGCGCUGAAACUUGAAAAGACGCAGGAACUCUUGGCAGAGGUGAAGGGCUAUGGCGACGGGAGGCGGAAGGUGAAGGAGCUCGGCACGGCGGCCCUGACUGCCUCCUCCUCCUCUCCUUCCAAGUUGGACUCGGAGGCCGUCUUGCAGGAGACGGAGCGGCUGCUGGGAGAGGCCACAUCCCACUGGAGCCAAGCCCAGCAAGUGCUGCAGGAGGUCCGGGAGCUCAGAAGCCUCUAUCAGCGGCUGGAGCAGCACCUCUCCGACCCAAAGCCCCGACAGAGCACGCAGUCACAGUACAGGAAAAGUCUAAUGUGAAGGCAAGGGGGGGGCACGGGUGGCUAAGGAGGGGGGUCCCGUGGGACAGUAGCAAUCUAUAUUUUUCUUUACAGUAUUUGAAGCGUUGAGGUGCCCUCACUCCUGACAAGCCUGGUUCUGCCCGUUCCGUCCCCUUUAGUGCCCUUCCUUUCUCCAGCUCCAACGAACACAUUCCAAUAAAUCAGAUUGCGUUCAUACUUUUUAUUUAUUUCUAAAGCAUCUUCUCCCCAAUGGUAUGAUAUCUGUAAAAGGGCACCAGGCUGUACGUAGGGCAGAACUCGUUCAAAAGGAAACAUGCUGGAUUUUGUGUGCAAGCUGCUGAGUGUGUAUUGUGGGCGUAGAAUGUCCUCCAGAGAAGGUCUGUGGUUUCUAAAUGGCGACCAUUUAGGGAGGGGGAGGCCUGGCAAACACAAGUGAUCCUGUGGGUGGACCCAAUCCCAGGAAUUUGGGGGUUGGGUCUCAGCAAGAGCAGUUUGCUAAUUCCCUCAGCAUUCAGUCCCUCCCUCGGCUCCCCCGCUAAUUCCGAGCCCCUGUACCUCUCUUGGGGUGAGUCUUCUGCCCACAGCUGCAAACUUGGCCUGCUGCAAAGGAAGUGAACAUCUUGCUGCCCAAACGGUAGAAUGCAUUUAUCUUGCACAGGGCGGUCACAGAAGCAAAAGGCCCAGUCACCACACCCAUCAACUCCGUUCUGUUCGGCUGAAGUUGG